GAAUGACUUUGCCAUCGUUUCCACAAAGUUGAAUGGCAAAAAUAGAAGAAAAACAAACUUAGGUGGUCUCACUGCAAUUAAUCGAAACAUUCAUAACCUUCUUUCGCCGGAGAACCACCGCGAUGGCGCCGGCGAGUACUGCACGCGCCGCCGCCGCCGCCGCCGCAACACUGCUCUCCGUAGCCAUAUUCUCUUAUUAUUUUCACUGCAAAACGACUCAACAAAAGUCUUCGCGAAGAAAAAAACGUAGAAAUGGAGUUAUCGCCGCCAUUGGCAACACUCCGUUAAUUAGAAUCAGUAGCCUCUCCGAUGCAACUGGCUGUGAAAUUUUGGGGAAAGCAGAGUUUUUGAAUCCUGGAGGUAGUGUUAAAGACAGGGUAGCUGUGAAGAUUAUUGAAGAGGCCCUGGAAUCAGGAGCAUUAGCUGAAGGUGGAGUAGUCACAGAGGGCAGUGCAGGAAGCACAGCCAUUAGUCUUGCAACAGUAGCACCUGCUUAUGGGUGCAGAUGCCAUGUGGUUAUUCCAGAUGAUGCUGCUCUCGAAAAGGCACAAAUACUGGAAGCACUAGGAGCUACUGUUGAAAGGGUCAGGCCAGUUUCUAUCACUCACCGUGACCAUUUUGUUAAUAUUGCAAGAAGAAGGGCACUGGAAGCAAGUGAAUUAACAUCAACCUGCAGAAAAGAAAAGAAAAUUAAUGCCAAUGAUUCUAGUCAAAUCAAUGGUCACUCAAUUAGUGAGGAAAAGCAGAAUAUGAAGCUCGCGUCUGAAUGCAAGGGUGGAUUCUUCGCGGAUCAGUUUGAAAACCUUGCAAAUUUCAGGUCACAUUAUGAGGGCACUGGGCCAGAGAUUUGGGAACAGACAGGUGGCAAGUUGGACGCUUUUAUUGCUGCUGCAGGUACAGGUGGCACUGUUGCCGGUGUUUCCCAGUUUUUGAAGGACAAAAACUCAAAUAUCAAGUGCUUUCUUAUUGAUCCUCCUGGCUCUGGUUUAUAUAACAAAGUAACAAGAGGAGUAAUGUACACGAGGGAGGAGGCUGAAGGACGAAGGCUGAAGAAUCCAUUUGAUACAAUAACUGAAGGAAUUGGAAUAAAUAGACUGACUGAAAAUUUUAAGAUGGCAAAACUUGAUGGAGCUUUCCGAGGCACAGAUAUGGAAGCUGUUGAAAUGUCCAGGUAUCUGUUGAAAAAUGAUGGCCUAUUUAUUGGAAGUUCUUCAGCUAUGAAUUGUGUUGGAGCUGUCAGAGUGGCCAAGGCACUAGGUCCAGGACAUACAAUAGUGACGAUCUUGUGCGAUAGUGGUAUGAGACAUCUGAGUAAAUUUCACAAUGCUGAAUACCUAUCUGAACACGGGUUGACACCUUCAGCAGCUGGUUUGGAGUUCCUUGGUCUCAAUUGAUUUAUGACUAGUGCAUGAUUGUAUUGAUACUUUUGGGUUUGAUUGUAUUGAUACUUUUGGGUCCUCACAUAAUUUAAUUCAUUAACAGCACUAGCUUAGCCUGGUUAGGUUCAUCUCAGAUAGGAAAGUUUUUCAUUUCAAAUGUCAGGAGCAUUAUUGAGUUUUCAGAUACAAUACCAUGUAAUAGCCGAGCUGAUGUGGUAUAUAAUCUGAUAGAAAGAGAAAAUGUUGACAAUUUUAUUA